AUGAGAGCAGCGGAUGCCAACAUUGAAGUGUGUGGAGGCACCUUCGUACAGAUGCAGAGUAACGCUGGAGCGAAUGAGGAGGCCAGCACCCCAGCUCUUGUGAGUGCGUUUGGUGCCUGCAUUUCUCCCGCUGGUUUGCCGGAAGGUGACUCAGAGGAUGACACCCAUUUGGGCUGCACGAUGUUCAUGAAGGCAGUUUUGCCUUCCGCCCGAGUGCCAACCCUGAUGAAGCUUUUACAGACGCACAGCCCAGCACAGGUAUACACAGCCAGCUUGAGCACGCCAGAAGAUUUUCAAGCAAGAUCUUCAAUAGAACAGUGCUUCAAUUCUCUUCAUAGCCAUCAGCAGACGGGCACUAUAUACCUGUUUGGUGUAGACAGACCCGGGCAGCUUGCAAAAAUUACAGAAACUUUGACCCGAUUUGGGGUGGGAGUGUCAAAUCUGCGUGUGCAAAGUGGCAGUGCCGAUAGCAGCAAGGGCGACUUUGUCCCAUGUCCAACUGGGGGCCCGUUGGCUGAGAAUAGGAUCCGCAUUCGCUUUGACAAUUCCUCCAUUGACACCGCCGACAGGCUGCGAAAGGAUAUUCAAAGUGUAGGAGAAGAACUGGGUUACGCUGUCACUUGUCUUACCUUGGAUUCUCAUGCGCAAUUUCGUGCCUUUAUGCCGAGCUAUUUGCUGCGACGAAAAGCUUUUGUAGUGUGCUACCUCAUGGAGAUGAGUGGCAGAGCCAAAGUGCGACUGCGACGACCUGUCCCAGCUAAAGCUGGAAGGAGGAAAGUGGCUUCAGAAUCGGAAGCUUCAAAGUGA